CACUUGCAUUGAUAACCUGCAGCUCUGAGUCCCUGAGUCUCACUCUGACUGUGGCGAGGAACUCCCCGGGUGUGUACGUCCGUCCGUCUGUCUUGACUCAAACGUCCUGUUGCCUUCGCUUGCCGCCAUGACGCCGCCGCUACUCCUGGCGCUCAUGCUGGCGCUGACGGGCGCGCAGGCCACCGUGGACCUCCGCACGGCCGCCGCCAUGGCGGCGGGGCUUUGCAAGACGCGCCCCACCGACCUGGUGUUCAUCGUGGACAGCAGCCGCAGCGUGCGCCCCUCUGAGUUCGAACAGGUCAAAGUCUUCCUGGCCAAGGUCAUCGAGGGCCUGGACGUGGGGCCCAACGCCACCCGAGUGGGCGUGGUCAACUACGCCAGCCGUGUCAAGAACGAGGUGUCACUGAAGACGCACCGCACCAAGGCGGCGCUGAUCAAAGCGGUGACCAAAGUGGAGCCACUGUCCACGGGCACCAUGACGGGCCUGGCCAUCCAGUUUGCCCUCAACGUGGCCUUCAGCGAGAACGAGGGUGCUCGCGCCAAGUCCCCUGACAUCAGCAAGGUGGCCAUCAUCGUGACGGACGGCCGCCCCCAGGACAACGUGAAAGACGUGGCCCAGCGCGCACGCGACGCCGGCAUCGAGAUCUUCGCCAUCGGCGUGGGCCGCGUGGAUAUGAGCACGCUGAAGCAGAUGGCCAGUGAGCCGCUGGACGAGCACGUGGACUACGUGGAGAGCUACAGCGUCAUCGAGAAGCUCACCAAGAAGUUCCAGGAGGCUUUCUGUGUGUCGGACCUGUGCGCCACCGGGGACCACGACUGCCACCAGGUAUGCAUCAGCUCACCCGGCUCCUACAAGUGCGCCUGCAAAGAAGGUUUUACCCUGAUGGAUGAUGGCCGCAGCUGCAGUGCGUGCAGCAACUCGGCGACGGACGUGGUCUUCCUGAUCGACGGCUCCAAGAGCGUGCGUCCCGAGAACUUUGAACUGGUCAAGAAGUGGAUCAACCAGAUCGUGGACAAGCUGGACGUGUCAGACAGCAAAGCGCACGUCGGCCUGGUGCAGUACUCCAGCCUGGUCCGGCAGGAGUUCCCGCUUGGGCGCCACAACAACAAGAAAGACCUGAAGGAGGCAGUGAAAAAGAUGGCCUACAUGGAGAGGGGAACCAUGACCGGCCAGGCCUUGCGUUACCUGACGGACAAGAGCUUCAGCGUGGGCCACGGCGCCCGGCCCGGCGUCUCCAAGGUGGGUAUCGUCUUCACUGAUGGACGCAGCCAGGACUACAUCGGCGACGCCGCCAAGAAGGCCAAGGAGAUGGGCUUCAAGAUGUAUGCGGUGGGCGUGGGCAACCGGGUGGAGGAUGAGCUGAAGGAGAUCGCCUCAGAGCCCAAGGGCGAGCACUACUUCUACACGGCUGACUUCAAGGCCAUGACGCAGAUCGCCAAGAAGCUGCAGAUUAACAUCUGUCAAGAGGAGGACCCGUGCGAGUGUGACUCCCUGGUGAAAUUCCAGAAGAAAGUAGAAGAAGCCCUCCAGGCACUAACAAAGAAAAUAGAGAAUAUGUCCAAGAGGAUCGCUCUGCUGGAGAACAAAAUCGUCUGAGGACUCGCAUCACGCCAUCCUUCAAAAACCCGCAGACCACCUCUCACUCCUCCUCCACCACCCUCAGCCUCCUGGGACACAAAAAGCAUCGGUUGCCAUGGAGACUGUGCCUUUGUUAAUACAAGUCUUCCCUCAUAGGGAAACACUGAUAGUACCCCCUAAAAAAAAGUGUCGCCUUCAAUCGUUUGUCAUUUUUUUGUCUGUCCUAUUCCUACUUCUCUUCUUGUAUAUAAAAUACAAGAAAAUGAAUAUAAAGAUUUGUACAAUAAGGGUACAACCAUGGUGUUUAUUUUCCUAAAUAAAGGUGAUGCAGGAAGUACA